AUAGGGGGAGACUGUGCCACUCUGCUGAAGAACAUUGGGGCGCUGCCCGUGGAACUCACCAAAAUGUACUUUGCAGAGACCGUGCUGGCACUGGAGUACCUACACAAUUAUGGCAUCGUGCACCGAGACCUCAAGCCUGACAAUCUUCUGAUCACCUCUAUGGGCCACAUCAAGCUGACCGACUUUGGCCUGUCUAAGAUGGGUCUGAUGAGCCUCACCACCAACCUGUAUGAGGGACACAUCGAGAAGGACGCACGCGAGUUCCUGGACAAACAGGUGUGUGGCACCCCAGAGUACAUAGCCCCGGAGGUGAUCCUGAGACAGGGCUACGGGAAGCCGGUGGACUGGUGGGCCAUGGGCAUCAUCCUCUAUGAGUUCUUAGUGGGCUGUGUGCCCUUCUUUGGAGACACGCCUGAGGAGCUCUUUGGACAGGUCAUCACAGAUGACAUAGUGUGGCCUGAUGGAGAUGAGGUCCUGCCCGCUGAUGCCCAGGGACUGAUAUCAACCCUGCUACAGACCAAUCCACUGAUGAGGCUGGGUACAGGGGGAGCGUUUGAGGUGAAGCAGCACUCGUUCUUCUCUGACCUGGACUGGAACAGUCUACUGAGACAGAAGGCAGAGUUCAUACCUCACCUGGAGUCGGAAGAGGACACCAGCUACUUCGACACCCGUUCAGAUCGUUAUCACCACAUCAAUGCGUACGAUGAGGAUGACACCAACGAUGAUGAUGAGCCUGUUGAGAUCAGACAAUUCUCCUCCUGCUCCCCUCGCUUCAGCAAGGUGUACAGCAGCAUGGAGCACCUGUCCCAGUUGGAGCAGAAGGCCCCCUCAGUGACUCGACGGGAACACAAGGGCUCCCGGGAGACAACAGGGGAAGAGAGAGAGUCUGGGAAGCUUCCUAUCAGGGACAAGAGCUGGAGGACCGGUUCACCUGAGAUGAAGCGUCUGUCCGGUUCUGAGUCCCUCUACAUGGACGGUGACUCCAGCCCUCCCCUCGGGGCCCGGCGCCGUUUCUCCGCCCUCAUGGACACGCAUCGCUUCGCCUCACAGCAGGAGGACAACCCAGACCCCCUAACACGCCAGCCCCCUGUCAAGGCCAGGGGGACUUCACUGGAGGUGGCCUCCGUUCCCUCCACACCCCCCUCCACCCCCAGCACCACCCCUGACCCAAAGGAGGAACAUGUAGGAGAGAAACCACCAAGCCCAGGCGAGACUCUGGGAGCCACGCCCACUCCAUCCACUACUCCUGGACCUACAUCAGCCAAUAGGGAGCUGGGGGCAGGACCUGUGUAUGACCCCCUGGGCCCCCGGGCCACGAAUGACCUGGUCCUCCGCAGGGCGAGACACCAGCAGAUGUCUGGAGACACAGGGGAGAAGAGGAACUCACGGCCUGGCAACAAGGUUAUCAAGUCAGCCUCGGCCACAGCCCUAUCUGUCAUCAUACCUGCAGUAGACCAGUACGUCCACAGUCACAGCUCCCCCUUGGCCAGCCCCAUGUCCCCCCGCUCCCUGUCUUCCAACCCCUCCUCCCGGGACUCGUCACCCAACCGUGACUACUGUCCGGCCCCCGCCGUCAGCGUGCUGCGCUCUCCCAUCACCAUCCACCGCUCAGGGAAGAAGUACGGAUUUACCCUCAGGGCGAUACGGGUCUACAUGGGAGAUACGGAUGUUUACAGUGUCCAUCACAUCAUCUGGCACGUGGAGGAUGGAGGCCCCGCCCAGGAAGCAGGACUGUGUGCAGGUGACCUCAUCACCCAUGUGAAUGGGGAGUCUGUCCACGGAUUGGUCCACACGGAAGUGGUGGAACUCAUUCUAAAGAGUGGCAACAAGGUGACAGUGACCACCACACCGUUUGAGAACACCUCCAUCAAGGUGGGUCCGGCACGCAAGUCCAACUACAAGUGCAAGAUGGCCCGACGCAAUAAGAGGCCCAUCGGCAAAGAGGGACAAGAGAGUAAGAAGCAUAGCUCCCUGUUCAGGAAGAUCACUAAACAGUCUAACCUGCUCCACACCAGCCGCAGCCUGUCCUCUCUGAACCGCUCUCUGUCGUCCAGUGACAGUCUACCAGGUUCUCCCUCCCACAACCUGUCAGCCCGCUCCCCUACACAGCAGGGAUACAGGUCCACACCUGAGUCCUCCUACCUGGGUGUGUCCUCUCAGAGCAGCUCUCCUGCCUCCAGCACCCCCAACUCCCCUGCCGCCUCCCAGCACAUGCGCCCCAGCUCCCUGCACGGCCUCUCCCCCAAGCUCCACCGCCAGUACCGCUCAGCCCGCUGCAAGUCUGCCGGCAACAUCCCCCUCUCCCCCUUAGCCCACACACCAUCCCCCACCCAGUCCUCCCCUCCGCCACUCCCGGGCCACACCAUCGGUAGCUCCAACACCACCCAGACCUUCCCUGCCGGGGCAAAGCUCCACUCAUCACCACCCGUGGUCCGCCCCAGGCCCAAGUCCGCCGAGCCGCCCCGUUCCCCACUCCUCAAGAGGGUCCAGUCAGCAGAGAAGCUCACCUCGCCGCUGUCUCAUUCCCAGUCGUCGAGUGGUGGGGUGGGAGGGCCUCUGAGGAAACACAGCCUGGAGGUCCAGCACUCUGACUUGUACCGCAAGGACCAGUUCCACUGUUGCGAGCUGGGGCUCCAGAGUUUGUUGGAGACGGAAGGGGAGAAUCUACCACCUCUGAACCCCCCACUGCUGCCCUCCGCCCCAGGCCCCCAGGGUUCAUCUACAGGGGCAACUACCACGACACCAGAGACGGGGGUGCUCAAGCCGAUGAGGAAGUUAGGGAGGCAAGAGUCGCCGCUGAGUAGGGAUACACUACUGGCUGGUAGGGAGAGGGAAAGAGAGAGAGAGAGGAAGAGAGAGAGAGAAAGAUCGAGGGAGAGGGUGGGAGAGAUCAUUAUGGCUUAUAGCAACAGGACAACAACCGUCCCAGAGAGGUCACCUAACCGAGGAGGAGGAGCCACAACAGAUAAUCACCAAUCAAUAGCUAGAAAACCCUCAACCAGUGAGCAUACCUUUAGCCCUCAGAGUAGCCCCACCUACAGAGCCCAAUCCAGCCAAUCGCUAAAUCUGGAUUCCAUCAAAACUACAAGUCCCAAAACUACAAGUCCCAUUACUCCCACUGGGUCACCAGGUAUAUUUAGGGGCCAUCCAGAAGGAGCAGAGAAGAGCCAGCGUCAGACAAACAUGUCUAUCAAGCAACAGAGCCUCCGAACCGCCGUGAGUACAAGCCCUCUCAGCCAAGACUCCCAGGAGAAUUAUGGGGAGGACAGAACGGAACCAAAGCUAAAUGGAGACAACAAGGUGUGUCCUCCUCCCAGGCCCAGCAUGCCCUGUGGGGCCCUCUAGGGAGAGGCACUAGUCCAGACAGAGGCAUGGGUAUGGGUGGAUCAUCAAUAACGUCAGGGUCUACAGGUAUGUUCAAGGCUAGUAGUAAACCAUCAGGAAUAGUAGGAGAGAGCCUGAGAAAAAAUGGAGCCGAGAACAAUGGCUCUCCAAGAACUUCAGAACUGGGGUUGAGAAGCCCCAAAAGCCCCAAACCUCCAGCCAGGGCCCUGGCUCCAGCUGUCCCACCCCACGGACAACCCCUCUCCCUGGGCAAGGUGAGGCAGGGCCUGGGGCCUGUCAACUGCUACCGAGGGACCCUGGACUGGGAGGAUAAAUGUCGGCUGGAGGUAGUGGAAGAACACUCUCCAUCCCCCUCCCCCUCCCCCACAGGCGUCACCCCCUCGCUCUGCGCACCCUCCUUCUGUCCAGGCAGGUCCAGGCCUGUUUCCCCCGGCGACAAGACAAGCUUUGUCACCCAGCUGACCAGUGCCGCUAAAUUGGUCCUGGGGCCUAUAAAGGGGUCAAUGGUGUCCCAGUCCCAGGAGGGGCCCAAGGGGAAGGAGCUGAAAGACAUGCCCAAGCCGGGUGAGGAGAAGCAAGGUGCCUCGGCAGGAAAGUCUGAGGCUUCGUCCGGACUUGGAGUCCGGAUGGUUGGCGGUGGCACCACAGUGGCCCAAAGUCCAGCUAACUCUGUUCCUCAGUCUGAUAAGGCGAACAUAGGUAGCCACCGCCCCAAAUUGUAACCCUUCUAUCUGAAAGGAUUUUAGAGAGGGGGGCAUUGAGAAAUGAGAUGCCUUUUCAGAUUUCUAGAACAAUUCCACAAUGUCAAGCACUUAAGACGACAUUCCAGUUCUAGAAAAGCAUAUCAACAUGGUAUUGACUUAUCUGUAACCAUGAGUGAGCAGAACUAUUGUAAAGGUGCUGUUACGGCCAUUUUCUAUUAUACAGUUAGUAUAUAUUAAGACAACGCUCUACUUUAUGAACUAUUAGAUAUCUAUAACAGAUCUGUAUGUAUGUAUGUGAAAUGAAUGCAUGUCAUGUGGUACAUUUUGUGUGUUUCUAGAAUAAAAAGGAGUGAAAAGUGCUUUACUGAUCAGAACAUGCUGAAUACUGUGAAACACCAAAUCCAGUUACUUACUCGUUUUUCUAUCUCGACUAAACGACCAAUCACUUCUGUUCCUGUAAUUCACUCAAAUAAACGUAAUCACGAGCAGAGGGUAUGCUGAGGCACAAUCACGUCAUUACAACCUUGACAGCAACAACAACAAAACACAAAAUCCAAUCGGCCACUGUAGAUUUGUCUUCGGAAAGUAAAUGACUAAAUUACUACUGUAAAAGACAAUGACGCGGCCACUAGAUUUUAUCUUUAGAAAGACACUCGACUGACCCACACAGGACCAAUGACUACUGUCGUUUUCUGUUACUACUGUAAGGCCGCCCAUGACAAAGAAUUAUGGUCCAACACUACACUCACUGAAGUCCUCAGUUGAUUAGCAUAGCCAGAUUAGCAUAGCAUGCUGUCAGUGAAUGUCUGUAAGUGAAGGAUGAAGUGAAACAACCUUGAGUUAGUUCUGGGUGAAUCUUGAAGGCUAUGGCACAUUUGUGUGCCAUGGAUUGCGUCCGAAAUGGCAUCCUAUUCCCUAUAAAGUGGACUACUUUUGAUCAGAGCCCCUGUGGUAGUGCACUAUAUAGGGAAUAGGGUGCAUUUGGUGCCUUGGUAAAGAAGAGUAAAGCUCCUCUGACAGUUCUGAAGCUCAGAGCGCUUAUCUCUACAGAACAGGACUACUACUGCAGCCCACACACACACACACACACACACUGGUGUAAGCGGAGUUGAUAUUCAUGGAUUUAAAUCCCAUACCCCUGUGGUGGAUGAUUUGGGCUGUGUGCGUGUGUGCGUACCCCAAUGUGUGUGUGUGUUUCAGGGAUGGGUUCAGUAAACCAGAAACUAUAUAGAAACUAACAGAAUCCAAACUUGAAUAACAUUGAUAAAUUAGAAUAAUUGUAUUUUGUUGUGAAUAAAAUGAUCUGUUACUUGAUCCUGACUGCACAGCUACGGUAAGGAGAUUACUGUAAAUAUCUGUAAAGACUAUGGCUCUACUAUUAGUUCGUUCUAAUUGUCACUCAUCAUGUUUUGUUUUGGACCAAAAAGGUGAAGAAGAAAAAGCAGGUGUAAAUGGAUGUAGCAUAUUUAAUAGAUGUAAAAUGCAUAUUAAGGGCUUUAUGGAUGGAUAAGGUUUUUCAUUCUUUGAUGUCAAAUGUUCACUUGCUGUUGCUGUUAUCGUUUAUCCAUCUGUUUUUCUAUUAACCUUAUUUUCAUAUUGGAUUCCUUCCUAAUUCUGGUGUCAGGUAUCUGAGAGUUUAACUGUCUGUUUUUAGCCUGGGUGCCUGUCUGUUUCUUGCCAACUCUGUAUGGAAUUGUCAUGUCAAACAAUGGCAAUGGAGUAGGCAAAAUCACAAACAGAUCUGGGACGAGGCUAGUCUGUGUUGUGAAAUAAUAAUAUGACUAUGUUUCACUCACCACAGUAGGAUUCACUGUAAGUUGAGCACUACAACUGUAUGUGUGUUAAGAUAAUACACUGUGCAUUAUUUCAAUGGUGAAAUUAUGAUGAUCUCUCUCUCUCUCUCUCUCUCUCUCUCUCUCUCUCUCUCUCUCUCUCUCUCUCUCUCUCUCUCUCUCUCUCUCUCUCUCUC